AUGAAAAAGAUAAAGGUUGAUUGCGGAAGCUUUGCUAAUUCAAAAGUAGUAGAACAACUUUGGGAGAUGAUCAGUAGGGAGGACAUAUCUUUGCAUCAAAAGUCCUCUAUCUUUCUUGAAAUGACGGAGUACAAAAAAAUGAAUGAAAAGCUUGUCAAGAGAAACAACGAGCUAAUUGAAGAGAACGCAUCCAUGGUAUCUAUUCUGGAGGCGCAGAAGGAAAAUCCAAAUAACGCUUCAUCCUUGGGAGAAGAAGCCAAAUUCGAUGCUGGCUUAAAAAUUUCAGAGCUGAACUAUGAAAUAAGAAGGCUGGAUUCCGUUAUUUGCGAAAUGCAGAAAAGAAUAGCUAGAGACUUGCUUCAAAAAGAAACAAAGGAUACACCGGAGCUUGAGAGGACUGAGGAGAAAAAGCAUGUUGUUGCUGACAGCACCACGGUUACCAACGAAGUAUACAAGAAAAUUACCGAGGACUACGGAGAUCUCAAAGCGAAAAUGGCAGGGCUGGAGAGUAAGCAUAAUGAAGAACUAUGUGAAAGAGAUCAAAAAAUAGCUAAACUUCAAAGGGAACUGAAAGAAGUAAUGUCGAAUGCCAAAGACAUGGGAGAAAGAUUCACCAUCUUAAACACAGAAAGUGGGAAGUGGAAAGAAGGCCUUCAAACGUUUAUCGGGAAGGAGUUAGUAUUAAACAAUGAAAUAAGUGGAUGUGUGCCAAGGUUAGAAAAAAUAGAGAAGGACAUGGAGGAAAUUGCGGCAGGAUUAGAUGUUUGGAUGAAGAAGAUAGAGCAGUUGGAUGCUGAAAAAAAAGAACUCUGGAAAAUAACGGAAAAUUAUAAGAGUUAUGAAAGAGUAAGGAAUGGGAGUGGUACUUGUGAUCAAGGAUCUUUGGAGGACGAGAUCAUUAAUCUGGUUGAGAGUCUGGACAAAAGUCUGGGUGAGAACAAAGCAUUAGUUCUAAGGCUCGAGGCAGCACACAAAAAGAACAGAGAAUUAGAAAGCGAAAUGAUUUCCCUAAAGAUGGCAAGCUCUGACCUGAGAAGCAGGAAUGCAAAACUUGAAUCAGACAUAAAACAUCUUGGAAUGGAGAACAGAUAUACAACACAAGGGGACUUGGGAGAUCAUGGUUUGAAGAUCCGGAAACUAGAGAGUUCUCUAGCCGAGUAUAACAAAGUAGCUACUGAUUACAAGAAAAGAUUAUAUACUUUAUCCAAAGAGAAGGAAGAGACCGAAAAGAUACUAGAAAGCAUUAAAAAACAAAAUAGAGAAAUGAGGGAUGAGAUGUCAAGGAUUGCUAAGACAAACUCCCAAAUCGAAGCAGAGAACAAAAGGCUAAGCGGAGUGUUGAGAGCAAUUCAAAACGGAGGCUCUGAAGAAGAUACAGAUCUUGCUGUACAGCUGGAGAGGUACAGAGGCCUUCUUCGCUGUACCCUUUGUGACACACGCUUCAAGGAUACAGCAAUAACCAAAUGUAUGCAUUGUUUCUGUGAAGAAUGCAUAAACUCCAGAAUCAGGAUGAGAGAUCGAAAAUGUCCCUCUUGCAAUGAGCCCUUUGCACCUAAUGACGUAAAGAAAAUUUAUCUGUAG